GAGCGGGGAAGGAAGGGCAGCCCGGGAGCCUGCGACGCGUCUGUACCGAGACCCGCAGUGUGCCCCCCGCUGCGUGCCCCCAGGCCCGUGUGCCUGUUGCAGAGGGAGUUGUGAAAAGGAGAUCUAAAACGAAAGGAGAAUUUCAAGGUGUUACCACUGAAGCAGACAUUCGGAAGGGCCUGGCCCCUCUCAGAAGCAAGGAGAAUCAUUAGGAGGAAAGGUCAAGAAACUGGAGCAUGGCUCUGAGCCCUGGGAGCCCUGACUUCGCGUUUCUGAGCAACGGCAGCAUCACCCCCGGAGUGCCCAGCCCCAGCACCCUGGCGCCCUGUGAGGGUGACCCCACCGCCCCGCAGCUCCGCCCCACGGACACAGGGCAAGCCAAAGCAAGUCCCAAUGGCUGCCUGCACCAAAACGGCAGGGUGAGGUCGUCCUUCCUGCCGCUGGACAACCAGAGGACACCGCAGAUGCUCGCCCAGCACUGUCGCCCUUGCCUGUACCAUCACCCGCCCAGCGGCCACCCCGAGGCCGGCCCUGCGGCGCCCUCUGCACUGGCCGCGUGCUGCAUGCAGCCGCCCUCAGAGUACUCUGCAGCUCUGUGUGCAAAGCACUCGCCCGUGUACCAGGCUGCCUGCUGCCUGCAGCCCUCAUCGUCCUUCGGCCUGCACCAGCCCUGGCCCGACCAUUUUCAGCACCAGCCAGCGCCACGGCACAUAGCUGGCCUCAGGGUACUCAGCACGUCGGAGACUGACUCAGUCGUCGUGUGCGUCUGUUCUUCUUUUCACCUUGAGGAGCGAUGCACCGUGUGGAUGGAGCGCCUUCCUUUUAAUAACAGACCACCCAGACCUUUCAAGUUACCAAAAAGCUACGCAGCCCUGCUGGCCGACUGGCCGGUGGUGGUCCUGGGCCUGUGCACCCUGCUCAUCGUGGUCUGCGCUUUGGUGGGCGUGUUGGUGCUAGAGCUGCCCGACUUCUCGGAUCCGCUGCUGGGUUUUGAACCAAGAGGGACGACGAUAGGCCAGAGACUGGUCACGUGGAAUAACAUGGUCAAAAACACCGGAUACAAAGCAACACUGGCAAAUUACCCUUUUAAGUAUGCAGACGAGCAAGCAAAAAGCCAUCGGGAUGAUCGGUGGUCAGAUGAUCACUAUGAAAGAGAAAAAAGAGAAGUGGACUGGAACUUCCACAAAGACAGCUUUUUCUGCGAUGUUCCAAGUGAACGAUACUCCAGAGUCGUGUUUACCUCAGCAGGAGGGGAGACCCUGUGGAAUCUACCUGCAAUUCAAUCCAUGUGCAGCGUAGAUAACUCCAGGAUCAGGUCUCACCCUCAGUUCGGCGACCUCUGCCAGAGGACUACAGCUGCCUCCUGCUGCCCCAGCUGGACACUGGGGAACUACAUUGCCAUCCUGAACAACAGGUCGUCCUGUCAGCACAUCGUCGAGAGAGACGUGUCUCACACCCUGAAGCUGCUCCGCACCUGUGCCAAACACUACCAGAACGGCACCCUGGGGCCGGACUGCUGGGACGCGGCCGCCCGGAGGAAGGACCAGCUCAAGUGCACCAACGUGCCGCGCAAGUGCACCAAGUACAACGCCGUGUACCAGAUCCUGCACUACCUGGUGGACAAGGACUUCAUGGCCCCGAAGACGGCGGGCUACGCCGCGCCGGCGCUGAAGUACAGCAUGCUCUUCUCGCCCACGGAGAAGGGGAAGAGCAUGAUGAACAUUUACCUGGACAACUUUGAGAACUGGAACUCCUCGGACGGCGUGACCACUGUCACUGGGAUCGAGUUUGGUAUCAAACACAGCUUGUUUCAGGACUACCUUCUGAUGGAUACCGUGUAUCCGGCCAUCGCCAUCGGGAUCGUCCUGCUGGUCAUGUGUGUCUACACCAAGUCCAUGUUCAUCACGCUGAUGACAAUGUUCGCCAUCAUCAGCUCCUUGAUCGUCUCCUACUUUCUCUAUCGUGUUGUGUUUGACUUCGAGUUUUUCCCCUUCAUGAACCUCACUGCGCUCAUCAUUCUGGUUGGCAUCGGGGCCGACGAUGCGUUUGUCUUGUGCGACGUGUGGACGUACACCAAGUAUGACAAGCCGCGUGCCGAGACCGCAGAGACGGUGAGCACUGCCCUGCAGCACGCUGCCCUCUCCAUGUUUGUCACCAGCUUUACCACCGCCGCCGCCUUCUACGCCAACUACGUCAGCAAGAUCACGGCUAUCAGGUGCUUCGGUGUGUAUGCGGGCACCGCCAUCCUGGUGAACUACAUCCUGAUGGUCACGUGGCUCCCAGCUGUGGUGGUGCUGCACGAGCGCUACCUGCUCAACAUCUUCAGCUGCUUCCGGAAGCCCCAGCAGCAGCUGUACGAUGCCAAGAGCUGCUGGACAGUGGCCUGCCAGAAGUGCCACCGGCUGCUCGUGGCCGUUUCCGAGGCCUCCCGGAUUUUCUUUGAGAAAGUGCUGCCCUGCAUCGUCAUUAAGUUCCGCUACCUGUGGCUCCUGUGGUUCCUCGCGCUGACGGCGGGUGGCGCCUACAUCGUGUGCGUGAACCCCAAGAUGAAGCUGCCCUCUCUGGAGCUGUCGGAGUUCCAGGUGUUCCGCGCAUCCCAUCCGUUCGAGCGCUACGACGCGGAGUACAAGAAGCUGUUCAUGUUCGAGCGCGUGCACCAUGGCGAGGAGCUGCACAUGCCCAUCACUGUGGUCUGGGGCGUGUCCCCCGAGGACAAUGGCAACCCGCUCAACCCCAAGAGCAAAGGCAAACUGAUGCUGGACAGCAGCUUCAACAUCGCCAGCCCCGCGUCCCAGGCCUGGAUUCUGCACUUCUGCCAGAAGCUGAGGAACCAGACGUUCUUCCACCAGACAGACGAGCAGGACUUCACCAGCUGCUUCAUCGAGACCUUCAAGCAGUGGAUGGAGAACCAGGACUGCGACGAGCCGGCCCUGUACCCGUGCUGCAGCCACUGGAGCUUCCCCUACAAGCAGGAGGUCUUCGAGCUGUGCAUCAAGAGGGCCAUCAUGGAGCUGGAGAGGAGCACAGGCUACCACCUGGACAGCAGGACGCCGGGGCCACGCUUUGACGUCAAUGACACCAUCCGGGCCGUGGUGCUGGAGUUCCAGAGCGCCCACCUCUUCACGCUGGCCUAUGAGAAGAUGCACCAGUUCUACAGCGAGGUGGACUCGUGGAUCUCCCGGGAGCUGCGCUCCGCACCCGAGGGCCUCGGCAACGGCUGGUUUGUGAGCAACCUCGAGUUCUACGACCUCCAGGACAGCCUGUCAGACGGCACACUCGUAGCCAUGGGGCUGUCGGUGGCCGUGGCCUUCAGCGUGAUGCUGCUGACCACCUGGAACGCUGUCAUCAGCCUGUAUGCCAUCGUCUCCAUUGCUGGCACCAUCUUUGUCACUGUGGGCUCCCUGGUCCUGCUGGGCUGGGAACUAAAUGUCCUGGAGUCUGUCACCAUCUCUGUGGCUGUGGGGCUGUCCGUAGACUUCGCUGUCCACUACGGGGUUGCAUACCGCCUGGCUCCAGACCCCGACCGGGAGGGCAAGGUGACCUUCUCCUUGAGCCGCAUGGGCUCGGCCAUCGCCAUGGCCGCCCUGACCACCUUUGUGGCCGGGGCCAUGAUGAUGCCAUCCACUGUGCUGGCCUAUACGCAGCUGGGCACCUUCAUGAUGCUCGUCAUGUGCGUCAGCUGGGCCUUCGCCACCUUCUUCUUCCAGUGCAUGUGCCGGUGCCUCGGGCCGCAGGGCUCCUGCGGGCAGAUCCCGCUGCCUCGGAAGCUCCAGUGCAGUGCCUUUUCCCACGCCCUGUCCCCGGGGCCCGGUGAGCAGAGCAAAGCCUACCCUGAGCAUGCCUACCACCUAGAUCCCCGGGGCCAGAAGCCAGAAGGGGAGCGUGAGUUUUAUGAGUUGGAACCACUGGCAUCCCGAAGCCAUGCGGCCUCAGAGAAGACCGCACACGAGGAGACCUACCUCUGCUCAGAGCUGCUUGGCAGCCCAGUGGGGGGCCCGGGGGCAUCCCAGCACGCAGCCUGCACUGGGGAGCACGGCCAGAGCUCCAGGGCCGACUCAAGUGCCACCCUGCUCCCACCCUGCCCCGAGCCGCACCCCACACACCCCUUCUUCUCCCUCAAUCAGCGGUGCCGCUGCCUGCACGCCUACAGACUCCUGACUUGCAGCCCACACUCUUGCCAGCAGGGAGCAGACAGCGCGUGUAGCCAUGGUGCCCCAACCGCAGGCGGCUUUGUCCAGCUCCAGAACGGGGUGGCGCCUCUGCAGGCCACACAGCCAACCCCAGAGGGCUUUGUGCAUCACCUCCCAUACCCGCAUCCCUGUCCCUGCCUGCAGGGCUGUGGGAAGCCACCCGCACUGCAGAGCUCCCCACCUCCGAACUGCUGCCUGCACCAGGCACCACCCGUGCAGGCCCCAGAGCACCCAGGCAAGACUGGUGUGAGAGGCGAGCCGGGCUCUGACUGCCGGGCGGCAGGGCGGUCAGCACUGGCCUGCAGGGGCCUCGGCUCCUCACGGCCAGCACACUGUGAUGCUGAGAAUAACCAAAGGGGACUCCACGGAGACAGGGACACAGAACAUGGGGAGGGCAGCAGGGGGACUGGAGGCAGAGUCUCCCGUCUACAGCAUCAGAAUGACAAGGCAGAGAGGAGAGCCGAGCUGAGCUUGUCACAGGCUGGUGCGCUUACGGACUCGGAACAUUUCAAUCACAGUGAACCAAAACUUCUACUUAACCAUUUCCUGGGGGAGGCGGGUCGCGGGCCCAGCCCGGGCUGCCUGCGGAGCUGCAGCAGAGCUGUGAGAGAGCGGCACAGCUCCGCCGACCGCCAGCUGCCUCGCCUCACCGCCACCGUGCCUGUUGCUCUGACGCACUCAGAACUUGCUGGGGAGAGCUUGUUAAUAAGAACACUCUAAUAAACAUGGCCUUUAACUCAGAA